AUGGAGAAAACUUAGAUGAGCAUUCACUCUGUAGUAGCACACUCUCCAGUAAAAAAUGUCAAUGUAACAGAAGACAAGACUGCCGAGAUAGUUUUUGGUGAAGUUAUCUUUCCUAAGAUCCAAAAUUCUAAUUUUGCUAACAAAAACCUAGUAAAUAUAACUCCUAAACACAAUCCAAAGGCAAAGACAUUAUUCAGCAAUUCUAUUUCAAAGAAGCAAAGUAAUAUGCUUCUUAAUUAGAAGCCAUAGUUACCACCUUAAUCUAACACUCAGAAAUUUAUAAUGCAAAAUAGAUAAAAGUAAUCGUUCGUGGAAUCACUUAUUGAUAAAAACUUGAUAAAUAUAGAGCAGGCAAACAGGAACUAAGACCUUAAUAAAAUUAGGAAUUAGAAUGAAAUUCAUAAUUAUAAUAACGUUGGUAGACGUUCAUCAUCGUAGACAUCAUAAAUUGAUAAUGCUAGAAAGUUAUAAGAGAAUCCAUAAAGAUCACUAUGGGGUACAAACACUAACUUUAAAUCUACUCUUAUUGACUCGAGUAAUACUAGGCAACAAAGUAUUAAAAAAGAGAAUGUAAAGCCAGGAAGCAAAGUAGUAAGACAUAUGAACCAAACUUUAAGUCCCCAAAAUUUACAUUAAAUGCUAUCAUAACAAACAUCAGCUUUAAACAUAGAUGAUAAAAUAGUUCUAUCAAAGCUUAAUUAGGAAUAAAACCACUUUAAUAGUACAGUAGGCAGUUUCAGUCAGCUAGUUUAGAUCCAGCCAGUAAAUACAUAAAAAUAGUAAGCUUAAGCGAAGGCACAAAAGUAUAUCGAAAUCUUGCAGUAAAAGAAGAAAAAGGCCUAAGAGAAAAAUGAGGAAUAGAAGAUAUCUUCAGUUUAACAGGCAGAGGAAGUUUACAAUUAUCAAACUACAAUAGAUUUCAAAAAGCAAAUAGAGGGGCCAUCAGAAGAAUUUCUAGCCAGAUAAGAAAAGGCCAAGAAUCCUUAGCCCGCAAUAGAUGAUUGGUAGCUUUACCGAAAAAGAUUCAAACUAGCCCCUGACACAAAAAUAUUCAUUGUUGUUGGGGGAUAUCAAUCUCUCCGAUAAGCUUUAGUUGAAAGAGGCUGGCAUGAAAAUAGUGACAGAAAUUCACAAAUAUUUGAUAUGAAGUUCGCAGUGAAAAUGGUUGAUGUAUGCACUUCAGAUCUCUAAGAUUUUCAAAUGGUGAAUCACUUCUUUAAAAACAAUUUAAUAACAACUAAGACUGGCUUAUGCCAAUCAUUAAAAAGUUUAGUAUGGUGGAACAAUGUCGAAAUUGAUACCUUUUUUCCAAAGUGCUUUGAUCUCACAGAUGAUGCAGAGCUAGAUGACUUCAAGAAUGAAUUUCGAUUUAUUAAGAACGUUGAACUGAUGGUAACUGACAGAGAAUGGGAAGUCAUUGGAAAAGAAUCACUUUCGGCUGAAUUCAUUGAUAGUUUACACUAAUAAAAAUGGUUCUAAAGGGUCUAUGGGUUUUUUUAAAUGGAUACAUAGGAAUUUAUCAAUCAUUAAAUUGAGAUUAGUGGGGAAAAACAAAACUACAAUCAUGAUGUUGAUUGCAUGAUAUAAAAUUAUUACAUGAACUAUUGCCGAAAUAUAACAGAGGUGUUUGCUUAAAAGUUUCCAUAGUAUAAAAUCAAUGGAAGAUUUAAUACUUGGAUAGCAAAACCAGGUGGUAAAUCUAGAGGUAGAGGUAUAAAGGUCUUUAGAAGCUAUGAAAAAAUACUGCAGUAUGUGAAGGCUGUUAGAGGAAGAUCUUUUGUAGUGUAAAAAUACAUUGAAAAUCCUUUGAUUUUAUGCAGAAAAAAGUUUGAUAUAAGAUAAUGGGUUUUAGUAACAGAUUGGAAUCCCUUGACUGUAUGGAUUUAUAAGGAAUGCUAUAUAAGAUUUUCUCCGAUAGACUAUGAUAUCACAAAGAUUAAUGAUAAGUUUAUGCAUCUAACGAAUAAUGCGAUAGUAAGCAAAUCUGAUAAGUUUCAAGAGAGUGAAAUAGAGGGUAAUAUGUGGAAUUGUGAUGAAUUCAGUACUCACCUUUAGGAAUUAUUUCAGAGGGACGUAUUCUAAGAGGAUAUUUGGCCUUAAAUUUAAAAAUAUGUUACUUGCAGUUUACAAAGUGUUCAGGACAUGGUUGAAAAUAGGAAAAAUAGUUUUGAAUUUUUGGGCUACGACUUCAUGGUUGAUGAGGAUUUAAAAGUAUGGUUGAUAGAAGUUAACUCAUCCCCAUCAAUGGAUUUAUCCACACAUGUUACUGAAAGAUUGGUCAAGCUAGUGCUAAAUGACUUACCAAAGGUAAUACUUGAUUAUCCUAGAGCAAAGAAAAAGAGUUAAUGUGAUACAGGAGGAUUCAUUCUUUGCCAUAAAAAUAAAUUUUAAGUUGACAGGCCUAGAGAUGCAAUGAACAUUAAUCUUUAGGUAGAUGAUUGGGACAAAUCAAAGAAGAGUGGUACUGUUGAGUUAGAAGAUGAAAAAUACUGGUAUAAGGAUUGGGAUAAGACCUCAGCCACAGAAGCUGAUAUUUUGAUGGUCAAGCAAGCAAUAUAAAGAUUGAAUAAAGAAGUAACUCAGUGA